CGACAAUGUACUAGCUGCGUUAUACACUAAUUUACCUAAGUGGAAGGGAGGUUACUGCGUUGGCGAGUACGUGAAACGCGUGCAUGACCCCGAAGCACGGCUGUUAGGAGCACCGAAGAGUGAUGCCGUAAUUGCAGAAUACUGGGUUUUAGAAGGACGUUACGCUUUCCAACACCCUGUAAGGUUCCAACGGCUUUGCUUCCAGAGCUAGAGCAUGAACUUCCUAAAUAAAGUCAAGACAUUUUUCUUUGGAGGCGAGAGCAGUAGCGAUGAAGAAGACGACAGGGCUUCUCACCAGCAGCAGGCCAGCAGUAGAGGGGGCAAGCCCCACUCCUCACCUCGGGACCGACCACGCUCGGGUCACGCAAGCGGCAAGCAUAGCACCGGUGGCGUGCUGCAACAGGAGCCGGUGCUACGAGAAGCCACCAGCCCGCACGGUGGUGGCGUGCAGGGGCUAUCCUGGUACGCUGCCAGACAGCGGCAAGACCCUCACGGGGACGUUGCGAACGAGUUUGUAGACGAGGCCUCCGCAGGCUCCGCAACAGCAACCACGGCAGCAGCCAUCGGCUCAGCUGGGCCUGCUGGAGCGGCGGCAGCAGGGGCGGCCGGGAAGCAGCAGUCUGCGGGCGGGGGCGGGGGUGCAUGCCGAACGACGGGCCGGAGUCCUGCAGCAGCAGCAGCGGCGGCAGCGGCGCUUCGAAGGGCAAAUGCGGCAAGCGGAAACCCCUCGCAGGGGCCUGCCAACCCUGCUCCCGCUGCUCGAGGGCAACCAUGUCGGCCCCUCAUGUCUGUGAUUGCCGUACACGAGGGGUCUGUCGUACUCGCACCUGCUGAGGACCGGUGACACACCACCGCGUCCCUGCAGCCCCCACAAUACCCUCUCAGCCUCCGUACGAACGUGGAUGCACCCAACCAGAAGGGCCAUGGCCGCCUCCGGGUGGAAUCAUGUGCGGUAUCAGCACGGUCAUCGGCACCGGCAACGAAGCCACGUAUUACAUCGUUGCCGCCGGGCAUUGCAGCUACCCUCUGCCUACAAGAGAGCUCCACGCGCAGUUCCGUAUUCUGCAUGUGGAUGGUGGAAUGCCUCGCAGCUCGCACAGUUUGUCUGUGAUGUAGGAGUGGCUGCAAGGUCUGGCCGAGCUACAGGUUGUGUCCCCCUAGUCAGGCCGCUGUUAGUGAAGCCCGUUUCUUACCACCAUCUAUUGGAAUCCACAUGAAGGGAUUGUUGGUUUGGCGUGGCGUGGGGUUGUGGGCGAGCGGCGGUGGCGGGUACGGCGGUAUGCUGGGGACCUAGGGCAUUGUGGUUUGUGGAGUGGCUUGGGGCGUGAGAUAUGGGACCGAUCCCCCUAGACAGGAGAGGGUUUCAAGCGCACGUGGGAAGGGCAUGAAGCAUAAGAGUGGAAGGCCCCAGAAAGAAAGAAGAAACGCAGGAUGAGGUAGCUUGUCUUGAGGUGCUGAAACGCAGGUUUGGUUCACCAAUAGUUAGUCAUGGACUAUGAAGCUAGGUGGCUGUUGUAGUAGGGAGGCUCAUGCCGUUUCGGGGCUUGGCAUGGGACAUGAUGCGAUUAUGCUGUGUUACAUUCUGCGGCGUGUAAGUGGUGCAUGUGGAUUGCGGAUUGCAGAGGCGCGGGACUUCGCGAGAUUGUGAAAGGUGGCGGUAUGGUGGGGGCAUGUCCUUCGCCUUCUUGUGCUUUGGCGAGCCUGCUGGGGUGUCUGUCCAUCGUGACCUUCUCGUCAUUACCGACAAGCAUACUGCAAGACGGACCAGACGUGGAGGGGAGCAUGGGUUGGUGGCCCCAUCUGCCCCGACGCGCUGGUCGAGCGGCUGCCGUUACGAGCCACGCUGGACCCAAGAGGACGUUGGGCCGCUGCUG